AUGGCAGAAUUAUCAUUGGCAAGAUUAACAGAGGAAAGAAAAACAUGGAGAAAAGAUCAUCCUGUUGGAUUCUUUGCAAGACCAGAGAAUAAUCCCGAUGGUUCAGCUAAUCUAUAUAAAUGGCUUUGUGGUAUUCCUGGUAAAGAAGGUACUCCAUGGGAAGGAGGUGUCUACCCAUUGUCGAUUCAAUUCAGUAGCGAAUAUCCAAGUAAACCACCAAGAUGUUCUUUGCCACCAAACUUUUUCCAUCCAAAUGUAUUCCCAAAUGGAGAUAUCUGUCUCUCUAUCAUUAAUGAGAGUGGUUGGAAGCCAUCUAUUAGUGUUAAACAAAUUGUAUUGGGUGUUCAAGAAUUACUAGAUACACCAAACACAAAGAGUCCAGCAUCAAAUGCAUACAAGAUUUACGAAAAAGACAGAGUUGAUUAUAAUAAAAAAGUUAAAGAACAAGCAAAGAGAUACCCUCCACAAUUAUAA